GUGUGUUAUAUCUCUCACGCAGGCGUUUUGUUAAUGUUUUUGUCAAACUUAUAUUGUCAAAAAUACAUUAUGAAUGAAACUUGAUAUAAAGCUAUGCGUGAGUAUCAAUCUAAGGUUUUCGUUGAAUGCAGGUUGACAUACUUGCACGAAUUAGGAACUUAUGCAAGUUGAUCAUGUCUUCUAAUGCCCCGCACUUUACGUAAAAAGAGACUGGUGAACCCACACAAAUCUCAACUGCUGUUUAUAGAGGGGCCCAUUAAUGGACCAAAGCAUGACUAUGGACCACAACUACGAAGUGCCAUUCAUCCCAGGACAUUUGUGUCCGAGAAACAACGGCAAAAUGAUGCAUUAUGUACUUCUUGGGUGUCUCCACAGUUUAAUUCGCUGGAGACCAAAGCUGUUAGUCGAGGGAGGAAGAUUCAGAUGACUACGAGAUGUAUCUCAAAUUCAACCUCAGUCUUGUCAUUGCCUCAACAACAUAGAAAAACAACAGUUUGCAAAUAUCCUCCUUUGUCCUUCGAGGAAUCGAUGCCUGUUGCACAGCAACAGUGCAAAAAUCUUCAUACAAAAACAGCCCUUCGAGUAACCAAAAAAGUUGAGCGUUUGCAGAAUAAGAGCUACAGGCUGGUUUCAUCAGACAAUCGUAAAGAGACGCUUGCAGAAACACCAAGACGGAUCCCCUCUAUUCAGAGAGGGGUGGAUAGAAUGACCGCCACACGUGUUGAACGAUCCACAAAAUCCAGGCAUACAGCGGUUUCAAAGAAGAUGCAUUUCCACCCAAAUUCUAGAGGGGCAACUGAGGGUUACAUUCAUACCCCAUUGUCAAAUGGAAGCCAGACACCCAACACAAGCUCCGUUCCUGCACCCCCAAAUGUAGAGACCCCAGAAAUGGCACAUUGUUCCAGCACUUCUUCACCCGAUGUUCUCCACAUUCUCUUUCCCCAAAGCCAGCCAAAGACUCCCCCGCAUACUCUGAACACAAGCAUCCUAGUUAAGGACACCCCUGAAAAAGACUAUGGGCUCAAGGUAACAUGGAGACGUAGGAAAGCAUUGAUGAAAUUAUUGAUAAACAAAGGACAGCUCCUUCUCACAGAUGCAGGAGUUGUGAAUGAGUGGAUUUAGGCCAUGAAUUAACAGUUACAGUAAUAAUUUAUGACUUGUUUUGCAGUCCUUGCUGUUCAAUACUUUGAGAUAAACAAUAGAUGAGUUGAUGAGCGAGUGUCGUGUUUUUAUGUUUGGAAAAUCAUGACAACUUACAUUUGAGAAUUAUUUGUAAUGUAUGAUCACUUUAGAAGUGAAGAAUUAAAGAUUUAAUGUGUCAUUUCCUAGCAAGCGGUAUUUAAUACAAGCACUGCUGCUGCAGUUCUGUAUGCUGCUGGAAACUAAUGUUUAAUUAUUAUUUACUUAAAUGUGUAAUGCAUGUACAUAUACAGAAUGUCAAACAAAAGUGUAAUGAAUCCUUUAUUUUCAUUAAUGACUUGUUUUUGAAAAAAAAUUAAAAACAACUUUUUUGAUAAAAUGACAAGACAUGAUAAAUUUAGGGUCCACAUGGUCACGGUAACCAGAGUAGGAAUAUAAAAUAGUGAUUUCUGAUGGGUUGAUUUCUGUAGUAAUGUUUUUUCUAGACAUACUCUGCUCUUAAAGGGAUAGUUCACCCAAAAAAUGAAAAGUCUCUCAUUUACUCUCAUUGCCAUCCCAGACGUGUAUGACUUUUUCAUCUGAACACAAACAUUUUGAGAAGAAUAUCUCAUCUCUGUUUGUCCAUUCAAUGCAAGUCAACAGGGUCCAAAACUUUGAAGCUCC